AUGACAAUGACGGGUCCAAACAAGAUCGUCAAGCGUCAAGCGGGCAAGGACUCCAAGAGUUCUUCGCGCCCUUCGUCCGGCGGCGCUCUCUGCAAGACCUGCACGCCAUGUCGCCAGAAGAAAGUCCGCUGCGACGGCACGCGCCCGCAGUGCGUGGAGUGCAGCACCAACAGCCUCCCCUGCGUAUACCCUCACGAUGCCCGCCGAGAACCUCGACCGUCGCGCGCGCGCGUGCAGAGCCUCGAGGCGACAGUCGCCGCUAUGCUCGAUCACAUGAAGGCCGCCGGCAUCCUUACGUCCGAGAUGCAGUCUGCGUGGACGGCCGAGCUAAUGGAUACGGACCACCCGUCCCGCGCCUCGCAGGAUUAUACUACCCAUGGGCUAAGCCGUCUUGCUUCGACUGCCGCUAUCGCGAGUCCACUUCCUACACCGACUGCUUCUACUGCUGCGCAGGAAAUGGGCGCUAGUUUUCUUUCUUCGCCGCCGAGGAGCAGCGUUGGUCCGACGGAUGAGACGAAACCUCGACUCGAUAGCUUCAAUACGAUCCUCUCGCGAACGACACAGACACAGCUCGAUUCUACAGAGCUCGCGCCUGUGAAAUUGGUCCCUCGUCCUAUAAGCAACGACGGCAAUGGUGACGGCACCGGUCUGUCACCAAGCGAAGCUCGAGUAGCUGGUGUGUUCCACGAGAACGGCUAUGUCUCUGCGGUUCACGGUCUAGCCAGUAUCAUGAACCCGACAUCACGCGCACAGCACCGAGAGAAUAUCAAUAAAAUGACCCGAAAAGGUGACGAUGCUAUAUCGGCUUCGAAAGCCCGACUCAUAAGCAACGCUGCGCUUCAACGACAGCGAGAAGCGCGCAUGUUUCGUAACCCACGAGACUUGAUGGACUUGGAUGGUGUAGACCCAGAACUUGCUAAGCAUCUCCUCGAUCUACACUUUAAUCGACAACAUUACGCAUACCUUAUUUCUUAUCGACCCGCGAUUAUGGACAGUCUUGCCAGUGGCGGUGGUCCUUUCGCGAAUAAGCUUCUACUCAACGCCAUUUUCUACUCGACUUCCCUAUACAGCGACCGUCCGUCCCUCCGCGCCGAUCCCGAUGAUCCUCAAAGUGUUGGAAGACGCUUCUACGACCGGUUCCGAGAGCUGUUGGUAGACGAACUCGACAAGCCCAGUAUUCCUUCGGCCCUUGCUCUGCUGCUUACAAGCGUAUCGCUUGUAUCACAAGGCAAACCCAGUGCAGGCUGGAGUCUGUCAGGAACUGCACAUCGCAUGAUAAUUGAUCUGGGAUGCCAUCUCAUGCUAGGUCCGGAUUACGAGAGCACAGGCGGUGUCAACGAGCAGCGUGUACUACGAACGGACUUGGAGCAAGAGAUGCGAAAGCGUCUUUACUGGGCUGCCUUCACUACCGAUGCUACUCAAGCGUUGUAUCUUGGCCGUCCUUGCAUGUUUGCAUCUGCACAAGCUCGAGUUCCUCUGCAGCUCCUCGAUACGUUUGAAGAGCUUGAAGAAUGGGAACCUUAUAUCGACCCCAAGUCGCCGGCUUCGGCUCCCCCGCCAUAUGGACGACAGCCUGCCCACGCUGUAUCUACCUUUAGUAGUCUUGUGAGGAUAUUGCAAAUCUCCACAAGAAUUAAUGACCUUUAUGGCAUUCAGUGUGUCAAGUACACAACGGAGUAUCUUCUCAAUAAGAAGGAGUCUAUCGAGAGGGAGCUUGAGAAAUGGCAGACCAGUCUUCCCAGCCACUUAUGCUUCGACCCCGACGAUACUCUCACCAUCACGCCUCCACCCCAUCAAAUCACCCCACAUACGACAUUCCACGCUCUGACCAUUCUGCUACACCGCGCAUUCCUCGAAGAAGGUCACCUUCGCCGCCACACCGACGAGACCGCCAAGCGUCGCGGUGAAGAAGCAUGCAUUCAAAGCGCUCUCAUGAUCCAGAAGCUCGUCCGUCGAUACCGCGAAUCCUUCACACUCCGUCGCGCGCCCUUCCUCCUCUCAUAUGCAGUCUACUCCGCCGUCAUCGUCAUCCUCCGUCAAGAGCGCCACGAGCGCGGUCAAUUCACAGAGCCCAUCUCCUUCUUCUGGACAUGUCUCAGCGAACUCCAAGUAGGAUGCAACUUUGGUCUCAAGAAGCCCCUCAGCGUUCUGCAGGACAUGGUUCGUGAGUUCCAGACCAGUAUCAAGGAGAGUGGUACCACUGGUACAGAACAGCCUCAGCCUGCUGGUCUCGAUGAGAGCUUCUUUUUCCCUCUCGCCAUGGCACCCGCUGCAUCUGCUAUUGCGCCUAAUAACACCAAUACUUCUACGCCAACGGGUGCUUACGUUUCUGCUACUGCAUCGGAUUAUAUCCCACAUAUGGAUCACUUUGAUCCGGCGUUUGGUCACUCACCGGGUUUGCUGGAUUUCUUGAAUGAUCAGGAGAAGGAUAUCUCGCAGGAUGCGCUGUAUGGAUUGUUUGCGCCGUCACAGCCUUUCCCGUGA